AACCUUCACUCUCAAAAGAGCAGACUGUACAGACUGUGCAAAUAAAGUUGAUGAAACAAGUGGUAAUGGGACAGAUAAACUAACCAAAAAAAUUCCCACCAAUAAGGAACAGUUUCCUCUGGAAAAGCUACAUUAAUUUGGACUUGAAGCGGAUUGUAAAAACUGAAGACAGUGUGAACCCAAAGUCAAGGUUCAAGAUCUUCCCCAAAACAGGAUUUUACUCUUGCGUGGAGCUUGACUUGAGUUUCAGAGUGUCCUCCUCUUGAGCCUAGAGCCGAGGGGGGGAGGCAAAGCCGUGGCGUCUGCGGGAAUGAAGUACAGCUGCCAGUACCCGGUGUCACAGUACACACGCUCCGGCACACACUACACCUCCACACAAUACACACCGUCACACUACUCCAGCAGCUCGUACUCGCCUGGAUACUACAGUUCCACAAAGUACAGCCCGACUACACUCCACACGCCAUCAUACUACACUCCACCGGCUUACACGCCUGCAUACAAGCCCACCUCCACUUACACCCCCAUCUAUAGCAAGGCGUCCCGGCAGAGUAGCUCAGCUCGGACAAGCGUACAGCUUACUCCUACUGUAGCCCUCAAACCCGCCCGGGCCGUGCGCUUCACAAACGAUGUUGUAUUCCAGGAUUUGGUCCGGCACAGUGAGCUGGAACAGAUCGGUCGGUUUAUGAGGGCGAGGAAAGUGCGUCUGGACACCAUCUUCCAUUCUGGAAUGGCUGCACUCCAUGAAGCCGUGCUCUCAGGAAACCUGGAGUGUGUGAAGCUCCUGAUAAAGUAUGGAGCUGACGUUCACCAGAGGGAUGAGAACGGCUGGACACCACUGCACAUGGCAUGCAGCGACGGUUAUCCUGAGAUUGCACGGUACCUUCUCUCUCUGGGUGCCAGUGUGGAGGCUGAGAAUGAAAAUGGGGAGAAACCGGCAGACCUCAUCGACCCAGACUGCAAAGAACUGCUCAAGCUCUUCGAGACGGGCUGCGUUUGAGGGCUGUCCCAAGGAAUAACUAACUUGAAAAAGAAAAAAGCUAGCUUUCAAAAAAACAUUCAGAUCACUCUCCUGAGCUUCGCAUUUUGUGUGGUUCCCUUGAAUAUUGUUUAUAUCUUUUAUUUUGUGGCUUUUAACGAGACAAGACAUUACUAUACAGUGCAGAGGGAAUCCAAACCCUCCAUAUCUGUCUGCUUUUGUAUUUCUGAGUGAAACAGUAUUGAACGUGGAAAAAUGAAGGGUAGGAAUAGAUUGCAUUAUGAAAAGUAUGUGUAUAUACUGCAAUGCGGUCAGAUGUUUUGAGGGAAGGUUUUCUAAUGUCAGAAAAAAGGAAAAGUUGUUUUAGAGGGCAAGCAAGUUAUUAAACUUUGAUAAGAGAAGAAGACAAAUGGAAUAACAUACACAAUAAGACCAGGAAUGUUUAUAUAAAAUUGCAUGUGUCAGAACAUCACCACACAUUCACACAAACCAGCAUCUUUGUUCUUUUUCACUGCUGUGUUAACCGUACUUUGUACCAUGGGUCCCUUUGAUUGUUAUCAUUUUCACAAUUCAGAAAAGUGAUCUUUUAUGUGACAAGGGAAGUGAUCCUGUUUAUGUAAAGAGAUGCUUUGCUGAGAAGUGCACAGGCCAGAAUGAAGCGGGUUUCCGUCUGUCUGCUGGGCAGCAGGAGAGCACAGAAACACAACCUGCCGUCAGACUCGCUUACCAAGAAACACUGAGGCUUUGUGCAUUACUGUUAAAGCUGAGGGCACUACUGACAUUUUGAAUGUCUCUUGUCAAAGUCUUAUCUUUAUCUUAUUUUUUACAAUGUUUUCCUAAAUAAAGCUGCUUUUAUAUAAA